GCCAUAAGCACCCAGAGCGAGCGUAGCACACACAUCAGGGCAACUCUGGUACAGUCUUGUGCCUCUGGCCAUGGCCUGCCCUGGUUGCCUGCCUUUCCUUCUGAUUGGUGCCUUUUUGGCAGUCUUCCAGCCAACCCUGACCUAUCCUGACGCAGUACUGGUCUUCCCAGGCCAAGUGGUUCAACUCAGCUGCACAAUCAAUUCUCAGCAUGCCACCAUUGGGGACUUUGGCGUGUCUUGGUAUCAGCAGCGCCCAGGCAGUGCUCCCCAUCUGCUCUACUACCACUCAGAAGAGGAGCACUAUCGGCCUGAUGACAUUCCCGACAGGUUCUCUGCUACUGCGGACGUGGCCCACAAUGUCUGUGUGCUGACCAUCAGCCCCGUGCAGCCGGAGGACGACGCAGACUACUUUUGUUCCAUUGCCUAUAAAUAACUAACUUUGAUCCCUAGGGCUGGGGUAUGAGAUGAAUGGCUUCUGUUUGUCCCCCCACU